AUGAGAAAAGAAGUUAAAUACAUACUAUGGGGACAUGUGAUGUUGGUGAUGUUUUUGGUUUGGUAUACGUUUGACUUGAUUACGUUGUUGCAUGACGACAGUUUCAGCGAUGCGCUUUUAGACGUGGAGUUGAACCCUACGAACGGGGUGCUUGAUAAGCCGACUAUUAUUCCCAAGAUAAUCCAUCAAACGUACAAGACGAACCAGAUUCCAGAGAUCUGGAAGCCAGGACAGCAAGCAUGUGUAGACUUGCACCCAGACUACCAGUAUAUAUUGUGGACCGACGAGAUGUCGAGGGAGUUCAUUGCAGAAGAGUAUCCGUGGUUUUUAGAGACAUGGGAUUCGUAUCCGUAUCCUAUUCAAAGGGCCGAUGCAAUUCGUUACUUUGCGUUAGUUCACUAUGGAGGAGUGUACAUCGAUCUUGAUGACGGGUGUGAACGUCCCCUUGACCCACUUUUGACUGUGUCGGCGUUUGUGCGUAAGACUAUCCCAACGGGUAUUUCAAACGAUGUAAUGGGUGCAGUCCCUAGACACCCAUUUUUCUUGAAGGUUUUGGACAGUUUGAAGCCUUACAAAAAGAACUGGUUGGUGCCAUAUGUCACCAUCAUGUACACGACAGGUCCUUUGUUUUUGUCGGUGAUUUGGAAACAGUACAAACGUUGGGGUGUUCCAGAAGCAGGUAAAGUUCGUAUCUUGCUUCCAGAGGACUACAAGACUCAUAAAUACUCGUUCUUUGCUAUUGCUCCAGGAUCGUCAUGGCAUCUUGACGAUGCUAAAUUUGUGAAGUCGCUUGCUGACCACAUUGGUUUAGCGGUGUUCGGUGGUUUUGUGAUUGCUGGUAUAUUCUUUUUCGUAGAAUACUUGUUGUAUUUGCUUGUCAUUUCCAACGGAUUCAAAAAGUGUAUGAAGAGAGUUACUUCAGUGUUCGCUCCAUUGAACAAGUAUGUGCCUCUCAAUGUUCGCAGCAGAACUUUAAAGAAAAGAUCCAGAAAGGAUUCAAAUUUACCCCCAGAAGUCGAUUUUGAUAAUGAUAAGACUAUGGUUUAG